GUUUACGAUGCGGAGGUGCUGAGGUGCUGAGGAACUAACAUGAGGUGAAGAAAGAGACUGAGUCAAUGUCGUUCUUCAAAAGUUUCCAGGACAGUCUGUCCUCCGUGUCUGUCUCUUCCAUCCUGGACUCGGUGUCCAGCACCGUCUCAAACACGGUGGACGGUGUGAGGACAGCGGUGAGUGAUGUGACGUACACAGUGAGCGACCAGCUGACAGAGCAGGUCAACACCAUCAUCAGCAAGAAGCAGGGUGAGGAUGAAGGUGAAGUGUCCUCCGAGAAGGACUCGGACAGCAGGGCAGGAGCAGGGGCACGAAUAAACUCAAAGAGAAAUGCUUUCGCAGAUGAGGAGGAGGAGCGACGUGAGAGAGAGAAGCAGGAGCAAGAGCAGAAGAAUGAGGAGGAGCAGUGGGAGUGGUGUUACGCUCCAUCUAAGGGUUGGUACCGCAAACGCAGAGACCCAAACCAGAGAGAAACCAGUGCAGAGAGACAGGCAGAGAGACAGGCAGAGAGACAGGAGAAUAAAGAGAAGAGGACAGGAGCGAGUGAGCAUCUGUCCACCUCUAACGGAGACAUGAACUUACAGGAAGUAAUGGCUGUGAAGAUGGAGAAUAAUAAAGGAGGACAGGAGGACACCGUCUCCAAGACCAGUGCUGAGACAGCAUACUGCGCAGACACUGAGGCAGAACAGUGUCCAAACUCCAACACUGACCAGACAAAUGGACACACCCAAGAUGGAAACAUCCGAGACAAGCAUGCCCAAGAUGGAGCCGCUCAAGAUGGACACGCCCAAAACAGAGAUACCCAAGACAAAGACGAGACUCAGUCAGAUGAGAGAAGAAACUCCACGUCUACUAAAGCAAAACAGAACACCGGUAUCUGUCUGUCUGUAUACCUGUCUGGUUGGCUAUCUAUCUAUCUGUCUGUCGGCAAGCUACCUAUGUUUCUACCUGUCUGUCUGUAUAUCUAUUUAUCUGUCUACCUGUCUGUCUCAUUGGAUAUCUGUUUGUACAUCUACUUGUCUGUCUGUGUAUCUGUCUGCCUGUGUACUUGUCUGACUGUAUAACUAUCUGUCUGUAUACUAGUCUGUCUAUCUGUAUAAUAGUUUGUCUACUUGUCUGACUGUAUAUCUUCCUCACUGUCUGUCUGCUUGUCUGCAUCUGUCUGUUUCUCUCAGACAAUACUAUC